AUGGCCGACUUUAGCAGCCUCGUCCUGGAGAUACAGGUCAGUCAGGCCGAUUCCGAGCUCCAUUGGCUCACCGCCUUUAUCAUUACCCCGGAAUUUCCUCAGAUCAUCGAAGCACUCCAGAUCUGCUCCAAUCUUCUACUUUACAAUUCGCCACAACACCCAGACAACACGCGCGGUGAACGCGGGCCUCCGGUCAAGUUGCCUGUUUCGUCGACGAAGCUGGAAGCCCUUAAGGGCAUUAUAGUCCGUGAUGGAGCUUAUAUAACCCAGCUUACUGUAACAUUGCGAGAGUCCCACUUCAACAGACACAUUACUCGUUUACAUUUGAAGAAACCCAUCUUACUCGAACAGAUCAUAACAGCCAAGAGAGCUGUGGACACGUCUAUAAACAUCAUAGAAGAACUCACGAAGCUCACUGACUGCUCGCAUGCUGACCAUCGUAAGCUUAUAGAUUCGUUCAAUGAACUCUUGCUUAAUAUCCAGAUUGCCAAAAGCGCACUUCAGCUUCCGACAGACCCCCAUCUCGUAUUCCCCAUUCAUGUGUCUCCGCCGGAUGCGUUUGAGCCAGAGCUUGUGCCGUCUAUAUCUGUAGACGUAUACAUAUCACAAGCUGAGGUCUGCAUUGACCUUAAGAACCUACAUAAGGUCACGGAAAAGCCAUGGGGAGAAAUCGAACCCACCACUGGUAGGUCGUACAUCGACAAGAUCAGAGACGAGAUGAAGUUACCCAGCUCUCGGUCGGCUACAAUAUCAACACCAUCAUCUACUGACCAUUCAGUUCCUCUAAAUGCUGCCGAUAUAGAGGAACGACUCCAUGAAUUGGCGGGGCACAAAGAUUCUGCCCCAGAGUCUAGUCAAAGCACUGCUGGUAUAUUCAGCAAUGUAAUUAGCCAUUUGCUGUUGAGACCAAAACUUGAUCCCGUAGAUUACAUCACCAAGUGUGUUACUUACAAUGGCAUGGUGGUGAUGAUCAACAAGAAGAUAGAGGUAUCCUCGCCCGAUCCGGUCUUGGUGAGCGCUUUUACGAAACUUGACAGCGUAGAGUAUUUGGUCAGCAGCUUUAUUCUGAACUUGGACAGUUUAAUUGACGUGUUGUGA